AUGGCAGUCACUAACUCGCCGUUUCUCUCCCGACUGGGCACAAACUAUGUCCCUUCAGAUGGAGAAAUCGAUGCGAUACACGGUCUUCUGGCCGGUCCCGAGGCUGUGAUGUCAAGGAACAUGGCAGAGAUCGAGAAACUGCAGGAGAGGAUUCUUCAGCUACAAACUGAGAUACAACCCUUGAAGUCCUUCGCCGACGCUCAUAGAGCACUGAUAUCCCCGUUCCGACGCCUUCCAAUCGAAAUAGUGCAGCUCGUCUUCGUUGCGUGUCUGCCAACCAUACACAAUGCGUUGAUCGACCCCGCUCAUGCCCCGCUACUACUCGGCCGCGUAUGCAAGCAUUGGCGAGACGUAUCGCACCAGACCCCUCGUCUCUGGACGUCAGUGCACAUCCCUAUUUCCCAUGUCACGCAGUCGUACGACGUUGCGCUGGCACCGCUGGUCCACAUAUGGCUGACGAGGUCGGGCAUGCUUCCGUUGGACAUAUCUGUGACGACUGUCCCGUACCAGACCUCGCUCAGCAACCCGUUAGAAGGUUCCAAGACCAUCCUCGCGCUGCUCCCGUUUACUCGUCGUAUGCGACAGCUUCACCUUUGUGCGUUCACCGAAGAACUUGCCCCGAUUCUUGCAUUGGGCGCCAGUGCGUUUCCUCUUCUCGAGGAUGUUGCGAUACACUGUCCUGGGAGCCCGGGAUUGCUAGUGGCAUGGGACCUCCACAUGUUUGCCGCCUCCCGAUUGCACACUGUGUCGCUAUAUGUGACCAUGGCACAACCUGCCCCGACCCUCUCAUUGCCCUGGGCUUCACUGACAGAGCUGAAUAUCUCCUGCUUCAGAAGCGAGCGCAACGAUGUUUCUGCGGACUCGGGACUGAACCAAAACCAGAUUUUGAGUCUGCUCCGCCUAUGUUCCAAUCUCGUUCGAUGCAGUGUCAGGGCGACCGUCGACGAGGCAUUCAUAGGCUCGAAGGAAGCCGUUGGUCUGCCGAAUCUGGUUCUACUCCACCUAUGCUACCAUAUCAACUUUCCCGAGUUUCUUAAACACAUCAAUGCGCCCCGGCUAGCUUACCUGCAAGUUCGGCACAACACCCGUGACUCCUGGUACGAAGUCCUGCGGACUGCCAUCCCUCCCGAUUCCUUCACCUUGGUGGUGCAGGACUACAGGAUCAACGAAAACGUCACUUUGGAUCUCCUCACGCAGUUUCCAAAGACCACGCAUCUCGUCAUUGGGACCUCGAUCUCCAUCCUCGAAUGGCACCCCGAGCUAUGCCCCUUGCUCAGAGACCUGACGGUGUCGAAAUGCUCGCUGUCUGACUCGUCAUUUUGCCAAUUGAUCAGGAGCAGGAGUCCCACUCUGCGUCGUGUGAAAACUACAUUCACCCGGUUGCCGCGAUCCGACAUGUUCACUUCGCUGCAGGACCUUGUCGACAUCGGGCUGAAUCUGGAGCUUGUGUUUGUGGAUAGGAAUGCGGAACAGGCGACUGGAUUUGUUUCGACUAGGGGGAUCGAAUUUGUCGCGGGUUACUGA